UGCGCGGCUCCCGCCCCCUCGCCCUCUCAGCGGGUCUUCCUCGGGCCGCUCUGGCCCGGGAGUCCCCAGGUCUCUCUGAUCUAGCCCAUCCGCCUCGGGAGGAGCGGGUGGGUAAGCGUAGAGUGAGCCCUGGGGAUCCCGGCCGAGACCCUGAAGGCAGGCCCCGCCCCCGCCUGGAGGGGUCUCCCCAGGAGUCUCCAGGCCUGGAGGGUUCCAGCCCGCACGCUCGCUGGACCGCCCUGCUGGGCUGUAGAGCAUAGGAAGCCCCAGGAAGAUUGUCUAUUCGGUCUGUUUUGGCCUUGCAGCCGCCUGAAUGUAAUCAUUGGACACCGUUUAUGGGGUCGGCGCCCCUAUGGGGGCUCGUGUCUAUAGGGGACCCUUACGGUCCCUAGGGAUCAGCCCUAUCCAUAACAACUUCAUAUCCAGGGCCUUCGAUGGGUCUAUAGGGCCGGCCUCUCAGUUUCAAGAGCCCAUCAACAGCGGCACUUUCCUUGGCCUGGACUGCGUCGCUGGUGCAUCUUUGGACUACAAGGCCAUGCUACGCCUGUAAAGAUUGCAUCUGCAGAGCUUCACUCCCGGAGGGUCCUCUCCGGGUCUUCACGGCCCUUCCCGUCUCUUAGGGCCAGUGCCGAAGGCUGCGAUGGCCUUGGGCGGAGUUCUGGCCGCGGCCCUUGCACUGGCCUUGGCAGUGCUGGGGCCGCUGCCCCUCAGGGUCCUGGCCGGUGACUGCAAGGGGCAACGGCAGGUGCUACGGGAGGCGCCAGGCUUCGUGACCGACGGUGCGGGCAACUACAGCGUCAAUGGCAACUGCGAAUGGCUUAUCGAGGCCCCAAGCCCUCAGCACCGGAUCCUGCUGGACUUCCUUUUCCUGGACACGGAGUGCACUUAUGACUACCUCUUUGUGUAUGAUGGUGACUCGCCCCAAGGCCCGCUGCUUGCUAGUCUGAGUGGGAGCACCCGGCCCUCACCUAUUGAAGCUUCCUCAGGCAAGAUGCUGCUCCACCUCUUCAGUGAUGCCAACUACAACCUGCUGGGCUUUAAUGCCUCCUUCCGCUUCUCCCUGUGUCCUGGAGGCUGCCAGAACCAUGGGCAGUGCAGGUCUCCAGGAGUGUGUGUCUGUGAGCCAGGCUGGGGAGGUCCAGACUGUGGCCGGCAGGAGUGCUCAGCCUACUGUGGCAGCCAUGGCACCUGUGCCUCGACCCUGGGACCAUGCCGCUGUGAGCCUGGAUUCCUGGGACGAGCCUGUGACCUGCACUUGUGGGAGAACCAGGGGGCUGGUUGGUGGCACAGUGUGAGUGCCGGGGACCCCGCCUUCUCUGCCCGAAUUGGGGCAGCUGGUGCCUUCCUGUCCCCGCCAGGGCUGCUGGCUGUCUUUGGAGGCCAGGACCUUAACAAGGCCCUGGGUGAUCUUGUCUUGUACAACUUCUCCACAAACACCUGGGAGUCCUGGGAUCUGACGCCUGCUCCGGCCGCCCGUCAUUCCCACGUGGCUGUGGCCUGGGCUGGCUUCCUGGUGCUGAUGGGUGGUGAGCUGGCCAAUGGCUUGCUAACCAAUGAUGUGUGGGCCUUUAGCCCCCUGGGUGGAGGUCACUGGGAGCUCCUGGCACCACCUGCUUCCAGUUCCUCUGGACCCCCAGGGCUGGCAGGCCAUGCAGCUGCUCUGGUGGAUGACAUCUGGCUGUAUGUGUCCGGUGGCCGCACUCAGCAUGACCUCUUUUCUUCUGGCCUCUUCCGUUUCCGCCUGGAUCACACCAGCAGGGGCUAUUGGGAGCAGGUGAUCCCAGCAGGUGGGCGGCCUCCUGCUGCCACUGGCCACUCUAUGGUGUUCCAUGCCCCAUCCCGUACUCUGCUGGUCCAUGGUGGACACCGGCCUUCCACUGCCCGGUUUUCUGUGCGGGUGAAUUCCACUGAGCUCUUCCACGUGGAUCGGCGUGUGUGGACCACGCUGAAGGGCCGGGAUGGGCUCCAGGGUCCACGGGAGAGAGCCUUCCACACAGCCAAUGUUCUAGGAAACUACAUGGUGGUCUAUGGGGGCAAUGUGCAUACCCAUUACCAGGAGGAAAAGUGUUAUGAAGAUGGUAUCUUCUUCUACCACCUUGGCUGCCACCAGUGGGUGUCAGGGGCUGAGCUUGCCCCGCCAGGAACCCCUGAGGGCCGAGCAGCGCCUCCUAGUGGUCGUUAUUCACAUGUGGCAGCUGUUCUUGGUGGCAGUGUCCUGCUGGUGGCUGGGGGAUAUAGUGGCCGGCCUCGUGGGGACUUGAUGGCCUACAAGGUGCCACCCUUCGUGUUUCAGGCGCCUGCCCUGGAUUACCACUUGGACUACUGUUCCAUGUACACAGACCACAGUGUCUGCUCCCGAGACCCGGAAUGUAGCUGGUGUCAGGGUGCUUGCCAAGCUGCACCCCCACCUGGGACUCCCUCAGGAGCUUGUCCAGCGGCCAGCUGCCUGGGCCUAGGCCGCCUACUAAGUGACUGCCAAGCAUGCCUGGCCUUCAGCAGCCCCACAGCUCCUCCCCGGGGACCUGGCGCCCUAGGUUGGUGUGUGCACAACGAGAGCUGCCUUCCUCGGCCUGAGCAGGCCCGUUGCCGAGGGGAACAGAUCUCAGGCACCGUGGGCUGGUGGGGGCCAGCACCUGUCUUCGUCACCUCCCUGGAGGCUUGUGUCACUCAGAGCUUCCUCCCUGGCCUGCACCUGCUCACCUUCCAGCAGCCACCCAACGCCUCGCAGCCUGACAAGGUUUCCAUUGUUCGAAGUACAACUAUCACCUUGACACCCAGCCCAGAGACAGAUGUGUCCCUAGUCUACCGAGGCUUCAUCCACCCCCUGCUGCCAGGAGGACCAGGUGGCCCUGGGGCUGAAGACGUGGCUGUGUGGGCUCGGGCCCAGCGCCUCCAUGUCCUGGCCCGAAUGGCCAGAGGCCCAGACACUGAGAACAUGGAGGAGGUGGGACGCUGGGUGGCUCAGCAAGAGAAGGAGACACGGCGUCUGCAGCGCCCUGGCUCUGAUCGCCUCUUCCCAUUGCCCGGGCGAGGCAACAAGUAUGCGGUGGAAAUCCGAGGCCAGCUCAAUGGCUCGGCAGGCCCUGGGCAUAGUGAGCUCACCCUCCUGUGGGAUCGGACUGGAGUGCCGGGUGGCAGUGAGAUCUCCUUCUUCUUCCUGGAGCCCUACCGCUCUUCGGCCUGCACCUCCUACUCUUCCUGUCUGGGCUGCCUGGCUGAUCAGGGCUGUGGCUGGUGCCUCAACAGUGCCACCUGUCACCUGCGUCAGGGCGGGGCCCACUGUGAGGAUGAUGGGAGCGGCGAGUCCCUGCUGGUGCUGGUGCCUGCACUCUGUCCACUCUGUGAGGAGCAUCGUGACUGCCACGCCUGCACCCAGGACCCCUUCUGUGAGUGGCAUCAGAGCACCAACCGCAAAGGUGAUGCAGCAUGCAGCCGGCGAGGCCGGGGCCGAGGUGCUCUGAAGAACCCAGAAGAAUGCCCUCCACUCUGUAGCCAACGCCUAACCUGCGAGGACUGUCUGGCCAACUCUAGCCAGUGUGCCUGGUGCCAGUCCACUCACACCUGCUUUCUGUUUGCUGCCUACCUGGCCCGGUACCCACACGGGGGCUGCCGUGGCUGGGACGACAGUGUCCACUCAGAGCCACGGUGCAGGAGCUGUGGUGGAUUUUUGACUUGUCACGAGUGUUUACAGAGCCAUGAGUGUGGUUGGUGUGGCAACGAAGACAACCCCACUCUGGGACGGUGCCUACAAGGGGACUUCUCUGGACCCCUGGGUGGGGGGAACUGCUCCCUGUGGGUGGGAGAGGGCCUGGGGCUGCCUGUGGCUCUCCCUGCCCGCUGGGCUUAUGCCCGCUGUCCAGAUGUGGAUGAAUGUCGCCUGGGCCUGGCAAGGUGUCACCCACGGGCAACCUGCCUGAACACACCUCUCAGCUAUGAGUGCCAUUGCCAGCGUGGCUACCAGGGUGAUGGCAUCACACACUGUAACCGCACGUGCCUGGAGGACUGUGGCCAUGGUGUGUGUAGCGGUCCCCCGGACUUCACUUGUGUGUGUGACCUGGGUUGGACCUCAGAUCUGCCCCCACCCACGCCUGCCCCAGGACCCCCUGCCCCUCGCUGCUCUCGGGACUGUGGCUGCAACUUUCAUAGUCACUGCCGCAGGCGGGGACCUGGCUACUGCGAUGAGUGCCAGGACUGGACAUGGGGGGAACACUGUGAACGGUGCCGGCCUGGCAGCUUUGGCAACGCAACUGGCUCUGGUGGUUGCCGACCCUGCCAGUGUAAUGGGCACGGAGACCCACGUCGAGGCCACUGUGACAACCUCAGUGGGCUCUGCUUCUGCCAGGACCAUACUGAGGGUGCCCACUGUCAGAUUUGUUCUCCAGGAUACUAUGGGGACCCACGAGCUGGUGGCUCCUGCUUCCGGGAGUGUGGGGGUCGUGCCCUCCUUACCAACGUGUCGUCAGUGGCUCUGGGCUCCCGCCGCUUUGGGGGACUUCUGCCUCCAGGUGGUGGGGCAGCAAAAGCUGGGCCCGGCCUGUCCUACUGUGUGUGGGUUGUCUCGGCCACCGAAGCGCUGCAGCCCUGUGCUCCUGGGACCCUCUGUCCCCCACUCACCCUUACCUUCUCUCCAGACAGCAGCACCCCUUGCACACUGAGCUACGUUCUGGCUUUUGAUGGAUUCCCACGCUUCCUGGACACUGGUGUCGUGCAGUCAGACCGGAGCCUCAUAGCUGCCUUCUGUGGGCAGCGGCGGGACAGACCUCUUACUGUGCAGGCUUUAUCCGGGUUACUUGUGUUGCACUGGGAGGCCAAUGGCUCCUCCUCCUGGGGAUUCAAUGCUUCUGUGGGCUCUGCCCGAUGUGGAUCAGGAGGUCCUGGCAGUUGCCCUGUCCCUCAGGAAUGUGUGCCCCAGGAUGGGGCUGCAGGUGCUGGGCUCUGCCGAUGUCCUCAGGGCUGGGCUGGCCCUCACUGCCGCAUGGCUCUGUGUCCUGAGAACUGCAAUGCCCACACUGGGGCAGGGAUUUGUAACCAGAGCCUAGGUGUAUGCAUCUGUGCUGAGGGCUUUGGUGGCCCCGACUGUGCCACGAAGCUGGAUGGUGGACAGUUGGUCUGGGAAACGCUCAUGGACAGCCGCCUCUCAGCUGACACUGCUAGUCGCUUCCUACAUCGCCUGGGACAUACUAUGGUAGAGGGACCUGAUGCCACUUUGUGGAUGUUUGGGGGCCUGGGUCUGCCCCAGGGCCUGCUGGGAAACCUGUAUAGGUAUUCAGUCAGUGAGCGCAGGUGGACACAGAUGCUGGCAGGAGCUGAGGAUGGGGGCCCAGGCCCAUCACCCCGCUCCUUCCAUGCAGCUGCCUAUGUGCCUGCUGGCCGUGGUGCCAUGUACCUGCUGGGGGGCCUCACAGCUGGGGGCGUCACCCGUGACUUCUGGGUCCUUAACCUCACUACCCUGCAGUGGAGACAAGAGAAGGCCCCUCAGAACAUGGAGCUACCAGCGGUCGCUGGUCACACCCUUACUGCCCGUCGAGGCUUGUCUCUGCUCUUGGUGGGUGGCUACUCCCCUGAAAAUGGCUUCAACCAGCAGUUGUUGGAGUACCAGCUGGCAACAGGCACCUGGGUAUCUGGAGCCCAGAGUGGGACACCCCCAACAGGUCUCUAUGGUCAUUCUGCAGUCUACCAUGAGGCUACCGACUCCCUAUAUGUGUUUGGAGGUUUCCGUUUCCAUGUGGAGCUGGCAGCGCCUUCUCCGGAGCUCUACUCCCUGCACUGUCCUGACCGCACCUGGAGCUUGCUGGCGCCUUCUCAGGGGGCAAAGCCCCGGCCCCGGCUUUUCCACGCUUCAGCUCUGCUCGGAGACACCAUGGUGGUCCUUGGCGGGCGUUCAGACCCUGAUGAAUUCAGCAGUGAUGUUCUGCUCUACCAGGUCAACUGCAACACCUGGCUCCUGCCUGACCUCACCCGUCCAGCCUUUGUGGGGUCUCCGAUGGAGGAGUCUGUGGCCCAUGCAGUGGCAGCAGUGGGUAGCCAUCUGUACAUCUCUGGAGGAUUUGGGGGAGUAGCCUUGGGCCGCCUGCUGGCAUUGACCCUGCCCCCUGACCCUUGCCAUCUGCUGCCUUCACCUGAAGCUUGUAACCAGUCUGGGGCCUGCACCUGGUGCCAUGGUGCCUGCCUGUCUGGGGACCAGGCCCACAGGCUGGGUUGUGGCGUGCCCCCUUGCUCCCCAAUGCCUCGGUCGCCUGAGGAAUGUCGCAGGCUGCGGACCUGCAGUGAGUGCCUGGCACGCCAUCCUCGGACCCUGCAGCCCGGAGAUGGAGAGGCAUCCAUUCCCCGUUGCAAGUGGUGCACCAACUGCCCAGAGGGUGCCUGCAUUGGGCGCAAUGGGUCCUGCACCUCAGAGAAUGACUGUCGAAUCAACCAGCGAGAGGUCUUCUGGGCUGGGAACUGCUCGGAGGCCGCGUGUGGGGCUGCUGAUUGUGAGCAGUGCACACGGGAGGGGAAGUGCAUGUGGACGCGGCAGUUCAAGAGGACCGGGGAAACUCGCCGUAUCCUGUCAGUGCAGCCCACCUAUGACUGGACUUGCUUCAGCCAUUCUCUGCUCAAUGUAUCUCCUAUGCCUGUGGAGUCGUCGCCCCCACUGCCCUGCCCCACACCCUGUCACCUCCUCCCCAACUGCACAUCCUGCCUGGCCUCCAAGGGCGCAGAUGGAGGCUGGCAGCACUGUGUGUGGAGCAGCAGCCUCCAGCAGUGCCUGAGCCCCUCCUACCUGCCCUUGCGGUGUAUGGCUGGAGGCUGUGGGCGGCUGCUUCGGGGGCCAGAGAGCUGUUCGCUGGGCUGUGCUCAGGCCACACAGUGCGCCCUGUGCCUGCGACGCCCCCACUGUGGCUGGUGUGCCUGGGGGGGCCAGGAUGGGGGUGGCCACUGCAUGGAAGGUGGUCUCAGUGGUCCCCGAGAUGGGCUAACGUGUGGACGUCCUGGGGCAUCCUGGGCCUUCCUGUCCUGCCCCCCUGAGGACGAGUGUGCAAACGGGCACCAUGACUGCAAUGAGACUCAGAACUGCCACGACCAGCCCCACGGCUACGAGUGCAGCUGCAAGACGGGCUACACCAUGGACAAUGUGACCGGCGUCUGCCGCCCUGUGUGUGCCCAGGGCUGUGUGAACGGCUCCUGUGUGGAGCCUGAUCAUUGCCGCUGUCACUUUGGCUUUGUUGGCCGCAACUGCUCCACAGAGUGUCGCUGUAACCGCCACAGUGAGUGUGCUGGUGUCGGCGCACGGGAUCAUUGCCUGCUGUGCCGGAACCACACCAAGGGUAGCCAUUGUGAGCAGUGUCUCCCACUGUUUGUGGGUUCAGCUUUGGGUGGUGGAACCUGCCGGCCCUGCCAUGCCUUCUGUCGAGGAAACAGCCAUGUGUGCGUCUCCAGGAAAGAGCUAGAAAUGGCCAGAAAGGAGCCAGAGAAGUACUCACUGGAUCCAGAGGAGAUUGAAACCUGGGUGGCAGAAGGUCCGAGUGAAGAUGAAGCUGUGUGUGUGAACUGCCAGAACAACAGCUACGGGGACAGAUGUGAGAGCUGCCUCCAUGGCUACUUCCUCCUGGAUGGGAAAUGCACCAAGUGCCAGUGUAAUGGCCACGCUGACACCUGUAACGAGCAGGACGGAACAGGAUGCCCAUGUCAGAACAACACAGAGACAGGCACCUGCCAGGGUAGCUCUCCCAGUGACCGCCGAGACUGCUACAAGUACCAGUGUGCCAAGUGCCGGGAGUCGUUCCACGGGAGCCCUCUGGGUGGCCAGCAGUGUUACCGCCUCAUCUCUGUGGAGCAGGAGUGCUGCCUGGACCCCACCUCCCAGACCAACUGCUUCCACGAGCCCAAGCGCCGGGCCUUGGGUCCUGGCCGCACCGUGCUGUUUGGUGUCCAACCCAAGUUCACCAAUGUGGACAUUCGCCUGACACUAGACGUGACCUUCGGUGCUGUGGACCUCUAUGUCUCCACCUCCUAUGACACUUUUGUGGUCCGAGUGGCUCCUGACACAGGUGUCCACACUGUGCACAUCCAGCCACCUCCACCUCCACCACCUCCCCCGCCUCCUGCUGAUGGUGUACCUCGGGUGGCCGGGGACCUAGGGGGAUUGGGGACUGGAAAUGGACCAAGUUCACCGGUGGAGCCACGAGUCCGGGAGGUGUGGCCACGGGGCCUGAUUACCUACGUGACAGUGACUGAACCGUCGGCAGUGCUGGUGGUCCGCAGUGUGCGGGACAGGCUAGUGAUCACCUAUCCCCAUGAGCAUCAUGCCCUCAAAUCCAGCCGCUUCUACCUGCUGCUGCUGGGUGUAGGAGAUCCCAAUGGGCCUGGUGCCAACGGCUCGGCAGACUCACAGGGCCUGCUUUUCUUCCGGCAAGACCAGGCCCACAUUGACCUGUUCGUCUUCUUCUCUGUCUUCUUUUCCUGCUUCUUCCUCUUCCUCUCACUCUGUGUGCUCCUCUGGAAGGCCAAGCAGGCUCUGGACCAGCGACAAGAGCAGCGCCGGCACCUGCAGGAGAUGACCAAGAUGGCCAGCCGCCCCUUUGCCAAGGUCACUGUCUGCUUCCCUCCAGAUCCUGCAGGCCCAGCACCUGCCUGGAAGCCAGCUGGGCUUCCACCUCCUGCCUUCCGCCGCUCCGAGCCUUUCCUAGCCCCCCUAUUGCUGACAGGAGCUGGGGGUCCCUGGGGACCCAUGGGAGGAGGGUGCUGCCCGCCAGCCCUCCCUGCCCCCACAGCUGGCCUGCGAGCUGGGCCCAUCACCCUGGAGCCCACAGAAGACGGCAUGGCUGGUGUGGCCACUCUGCUGCUCCAGCUACCUGGGGGGCCUCGUGCUCCCCAUGGGGCCUGCCUUGGGUCAGCCCUUGUCACUCUGCGGCAUAGGCUGCAUGAAUACUGUGGGGGCAGCGGGGGUGCUGGAGGCAGUGGACACGGGGGUGGUGGAGGCCGGAAGGGACUGUUGAGUCAAGAUAAUCUCACUAGCAUGUCCCUUUGACCUGUCAAGGGUCCUCUUCCACAGCUACCAUGUUGCCUGAUGGGGCCACUCUGGACUAGAGAUCCCCUGGAUAGUCCUCAGAAACCACUGGCUCCCUUUUCCCAGGGUUCCCCUUUUGUUCUGCAUUUAGCAACUAUUUAUUGAGCUGCUACUUUGUGCCUAACACAGUUGUAGGCACAGAGCAAAGCAGGAGUGAGAGGAGGUUCCCUCAUCUGGUGGGACUUGAGUUCUUGUGGAAGGAGACAGGUGUACGCGCACACAUACACACAGUGUGGCAUUGAAGUAAAAUCGAUGAAGCAUUUGGAGAAACUGGGCUAAGAAAGGUGACAGACUGAGGGAAGACCUUUGGGAACAAAUUCAAGACUCAAGGAAACGGUGCGGCUGAAGGGCCUGAGGCUGGAGGCGGUUUGUUUUAUUACAAGAGCCAGGAAGCUGGCCACUGCAGCCCAGAUCAAGCGCAGCAUGAACCGGGCUCUGUUCUCAGAGCAGUGGGAAGCAAGCGGUUGGGCAGCUCUGUGCUGGUAAGCGAGGAGCCUCAGCUCUGGGGGAAGAGUGGGCUGGUGGUCACAGGAGAGGCUGCAGGGGUAACUGGGCAGGAGCGGGGGUGAGUGACAGGAUGUGACAGUGGCGCAGGUAUUAGGGUAAGGAAGAGGGCAUUAUCUAGAAUGGCCACUUUAUGUCCUGGGCCAUGGGUGGACAGAGAGGUCAGUACUAAGCUGAGACAGGCUGGGGCUUGAGCCAGGUGUGACGGCAGGUUUAUACAGCAAGCGCUUUGAGUACGACAGCAAGAGGGACAGCUACAGAGAGGACAGGACAGUCAGCUGCCCGCUGUAGGAGCUGAGAGCUGCUGCCGGGUUGGACCAGGAUCACCAGCUGAACCUGGAGAUGUAGGCUUAUUUCAAGGGAGCCUCAGAGGCAGAUCCUUUGCGGGAUGCCUCACACCCCGCCCUGGCAGGUGUGGGGUGGGAGACCCUGGAGGGGCCAUCAUUUGGCUCUUUUUCUUGAGUCUUUGGGACUCUCCUCAGAGGCUACCCCUACCUGAACCUCCUUUUUGGACUUAGGAGCUCUCUCUUCCCCCAGGCUUAGGCAGCUGCCUGAACUUGGGACGCUCGCUUUCCCAAGACUCCACAUCCUCACUGCUGUUUUGAUCCUGGGGUGGGGUUGGGCCCAGCCUCUUCCCCUUGCUGCAGUUACCCUAGUCUGAUGUGGCCCCUCCGCUAAUGUGUGCAUGUCAGCAGGAGUCACAUCUCUAGGACAGCAGGGCAACUGAGGCAACGAAUAAAGUGUGGGCAAGACUCAA